AUGAAAUUAGAACAUGGCAUCUCUCGGUGAAUAGCUGUGGAGAAACAGGAAUUAAAUUUAGAAUGUGUGGGUGGGAGAAUUGCUUUUGCAUAAGCGAUUGAAGAUUGGUUCUUUAUUUUUUCCCUGUUAAUAAGGAGCUUAUAUAAAUCAUUUUUCCUUCUUAAUUAAAUUUUUUUCGUUUCUCUUUUUUUCUUUUCUUUCAUAGAUAUAAUGAUAGCCUCUCCUCCUUUACAACCGGUUGACCCUUUAGAAAAGCAAACCUCAACUGAACCAAAUGCUACGCUUCCAGGUACCCCGCCUGGAGAAAAGGCUGCACCAAGUGACAAGGGAGACUCACGUCAGGUAUGUCAGGGUGAAUUUGAGCCGGAGCAGCACUUUUAUCCCCGAGUCUUGAAUGCGCAAAUCCACCCGCUAGUUCAGUCAUUUUUUACUUUGGGAAACGAGCGUAUCAUUGCUCGCUACACUCAUUUAAACCCUCAAGUUAAGCCGAACGAUUUAAAAAACAUUCUAUCCUAUACCCCCACCCAUUUUCAAUGGGCCGGUUCUGACUUGUUCAACGUAACCACUGCCUCCGGCCAUCGACAAAUGAUUGUAAUUGAAACAAACUCAUGUCCUUCUGGUCAAAAGUCUAUGCCCUUAUUGUCAGAGACAGAUGAACAUAAUGAACAGGGUGGUUAUCGUCUUGUGAUAGAAUCUGCUUUUCAAGACCAAUUAUCGAAAUCGGAUCUGAGUUUAGGCGGAUUGGCUGUGGUUUGUGAUAAAAACAUGAUGGAAUCAAGUGGUUAUGCUGCAGUUCUGGCGGAUGUCGCGAAAGAGCAUGUUUGGCUUGCUGAAUGGCAUGUUGAUGAUCCAGACCCUGAUGUAAAGUGGGUGGACCGGGUAUUACAUAUCAGAGACAAGGAAAAAGUUUGGCACCCUAUCCGUGCUUGCUUUCGUUAUCUUACUCAAAAACCUUGGAAUCGGUUUCCUUUGAAGACAAAGACCAUUGUUAUGAAUCAAAUUAUCAGCUGCUUAGCGGGGGGUCGUAACAAGAUGAUGGCUGCAAGAGCAUACGAUUUUUACAAUUCAGACAUUGUAGCUACAGGUUUAGAGAUCAAAACGCCUGAAACAAUAAACAAUGUAACUCGUGGAGAAAUUCCCCUUUGGUUAAAUUCAAUGGGCGGGCAUGCAGUGUUAAAGGUACCUUAUAGUAAUGCCGGGCAAGGUGUUUAUACAAUUACAAACAAGACUGAGUUGGAUGAUUUUAUGAGUCAAGACCAUCAUUAUGAUAAGUUUAUUGUUCAAUCUCUUGUAGGAAAUGCAACAUGGUCAAGUGUAACUAGAUCUGGUAAAUUUUUCCAUGUUGGAACCAUUCCGAAUAAAAAAAUCAAUACGUAUGUUAGCGAUCUUCGAAUGAUGGUAACUGGAAGCUCACAAGGGUUCCGUCCUAUUUGUAUAUAUGGUCGUAAAGCUCGACUUCCACUUACAGGUGAACUGCAACCUGACGCUAAUACUUGGGACAUGCUUGGUACAAAUUUAUCUGUAAAACUCCCUGAUGGUGGCUGGACGACCGAUACCUCUAGAUUAAUUUUGAUGGAUCGUAAAGACUUUAACCAGCUUGGAUUAGGAAUAGACGAUCUUAUUGAUGCAUAUAUCCAAACUGUGCUGGCUGUAAUUGCUAUUGAUCGCAUGGCUACAAGACUGAUGGCAAAUGGAGAAUUUGAUUAUAAAUUAUUUGAAAGCUUAAAUCCUGAUAAUGCAUUAAUGGACGAAAUCCGAGAAGCGAACGGGGAUUUUUAAGCAAGACAGAUAAAAAAUACCGAAUAAAAGAAAGAAAAAUAGUUAUGAUAGGGUGUACAUCUCACUCCGUUCUCCUUUUAUAAUCUCAUAUUUACUUGAUCAAUACAGUA